AUGAACCCAAUCGACGACUCGAAGGACGCGGUGACGAUCCGGGGUGGUAAGCCACAACAUCGACACAAUCAAACAUGUGGAGAAAAGCUCCUGGACAAGGACUUGCAACGAAUGGAGCGACAUCCUGUGGACGACAAGGGCGGAAUCGAGAGGCCACCACCGAAGUCAGGCCUCGGUGGGAAGUACACCUGGGAAGGGCCCGAUGAUGAGGUGGAGAACGAGUUGUUGCCUGCGCCAUCGGCGAUUGAUGAGGGGAACCCAAACUAUGUGGACGAGGAAACGGAGGAGAGGAUUGUGAAAGGAGAGAAGAGUGAUGUGGUAGGGCUGGUUAUUGGUGAGGUUGAGGUUGAUAAGGUUGCCCAAGAGAAAAAGGGUGUGGGUAGGGUGGAGAUUGAUCCUCGCUUCAAGGUCGACUGA